CUCCGGACAACUUGAUGAUAGCGGUUUUGGUGGGAGCCUGUUGCGUGUGGCAUGGGCACUGGGGAUUAUAUCUGUGUAAUGGUGCGCGGAGGCGCGCCCUGGGGCUUCAGUCUCCGCGAGGGAGAGGGGGAUGCCUACCGACGUUUGCAGGUUUAUCAGGUGGAAGAGGGCGGUCGUGCGUCCCUGGCCGGGAUCUGCGAGGGGGACGAGGUGGUGUCGCUGAAUGGAGAACCCUGCGGCGAGCUUUCCCUCCCAAAAGCAAUUGCUCUCAUUGACGCCUCCGUCGACUGCCUGCAACUACUGGUUAAAAGAUGGCGCACCCUAUCUCCCAAGGAUUUUCAUUCAGAGGAGACCUACUUUGGCACAAGGGAGUCCUCCCUUCGCAUCCUGUCCCCUGGCAGGUCCCAACCACCCAGGGAGCUCUACAUCGCCGAUUCCCAGGACGAGGCCUAUUAUGGGGUGACGGAGAGCGACACGGAGGCCCCCGGAGGGAUCCACCUGGUCCGCACCCAGCUCUACGUACCCGCGCCUGAGGAGUGCCAGUUCCCCAGAGGAAGAGGGGACAAAGGUCGAGCGGGACCCCAUGGGGGAAGUUUCUCCCCGGGGGCAAUGGUGGAGCUACAGUUGUCCCUCGCCGAACACACCCUGGAGGAUCCUGUCUGCACCUCCCUGGGGAGUGCUCUUGGAAUAGAGGGGGAGAUUCAGGCGAGAGAGGCCCUCAAGAACGAGGCCCUCCUUCACACCACCACCCACUCUCUCUACGUCCCUGGCCCAGCUAGGGAGCCCCUGGGUCAGCAUGGAGUGGUGCUGAGCUCCCCCUCUCUGCUAGGCCAGGUGGAGGUCACCCUACAGCACCCAGCAGCCGGGAGGGGCUCUCCUCGCCUGGUAGAGGGGAUGGGCGCUUAUGGGGCCAGUGGAGGUGUUGGUGGAGCCCCCGGGAAGGAAGGAGGAGGGAAAAGCCAGGGAGCUCCCACCUCCUUCACCGUCUCCUUUGGAAUGCCCGCAGAGGGGGCGGAGCCGGCAGAGGAGCGAGACUCUGAUUCAGAGAAGGACCUUGAGAAACCCAACAAGCACCGGGCGAAGCACGCCAGGCUCAGGCGCAGUGAGAGCCUGUCAGACAAGCAGGUGAAGGAGGCUAAGUCUAAAUGUAAGCGCAUUGCUAUCCUUCUGAAUGCUGAAGCUCCCAACCCCAACAACAAGGGGGUGUUGAUGUUCAAGAGGCAUCGACAGAGGGCCAAGAAGUACACACUCGUCAGCUACGGCACCGGUGAGAGCGAACCAGAGUACGAGGACGACGACAGCGACGACGAAGAAGACUACGACAAAAAAGACGCCAGAGCGAUCGAAUUCACCCUUGUAGCCACCUCCAGCGGAUCAGAGCUCGAGGAGGACUUCAUCACCAAUGCCCAGGGCGGUGGCAGAGUGCUAACCUUCGACUGGGACACAGGACUACUCGAGAUCGAGCGCAAGCUCAACUCCAGAGAGGAGAUGGAGCAACUGCCCAACACCACAGGCAAGGGGGGCACAAUGUUCGCUCAGCGCCGCCAGCGCAUGGACGAGAUCGCAGGCGAACAUGAGGAGAUGAGGCGCCAGGGGAUUCCCGUGGAGGGGGUACGGGAGGUGCAGAAGCAUGCAGCCUACCAGCAGAUGGAGGAGCGCUCGUACAUGCAGGCCACCACAGAGAGCCAGGCCUAUAUGGACUUUAGUGUGCACCAAAAGCAGCAGCAACAGCAACAGUAUCAAAAGUACCAAGAGCAGCAGUACUACGAGCAGCAACAGCAGCAAUACCAGCAGCAACAACAGUACGAGCAGCAGCAAUACCAGCAGCAACAACAAUAUCAUCAACAACAGCAGCAGCAGUACCACCAGCAGCAAGAGUACCAACAACAGCAGCACAUUCAGCAGUACUCGUCUAACAUGAAUGGCGUAGCCAACCACCAAACCAAUGAAAUGCAGAGUUCCAUGAGCAAUCGAACUGCCCAACCCUUCUCAUUACAAAACCGGAUGUCCGCCCUGUUUUCUCCCCCUGUGACUGGGAACAACCAAGAGACGAUGGGUCAGGGGGAGCAGAUUGCCUCACGUGACGAGCGCAUUUCGACGCCGGCAAUCAAGUCUGGGAUCUUGCAGGACACAAGGAACAGGUUCAAGGGCAAGCCAAUGUUCAAUUUCAAACAAGCACCCAAAGUGUCACCCAACCCCGAGCUUCUAAAUCUCCUCAACAGGAGUGACAAGAAGUUGGAUUUCGAGUCAUGCACGGAAGAGGACUACCUUAGCUUGGGAGCUGAGGCUUGCAACUUCCUCCAGUCACCAAGGGUCAAGCAUAAGAUGCCUCCACCAGUCGCUCCCAAGCCCAUCAUUAACCCCAACUCUCCGCCCUGGUCCCCUCAGCCUGAGCUGGCCAAGCAGGAGUUGCCACUGCAUACUGAAAAUAGCGUCCCUGCACCUGCUGCAGCCCCCGAGACCGAGUCCGCCCCUGCUCCAGAUCUGGCCCCAGAGCCCUCCCCCCCUCUUGAACCCCAGGAAGCUACUGUUCCUGCCAAGCCCCCCUCUCCAGACAAACACAGAUAUAGUCCCCCAGUGUCCCAGGCACAGCAGCAGCAGCCCCAACAAGCGCCAGCCUGGGGAGGAAAUGGUCCUUCUCCAACUCAGCCUCAUUCGCAACCCGAGCCUCAAGUGAGUUCCUGGGCUCCGUCACUGACACAGGCUUCACAGCAGCCACUCGUGAGUACUUGGCCACCUGCUGAAAUGAACCAGCAGGCUCCAGCUCCAAGUCAGUCCCCACCACAGCUCCCUUGGGUGACUCCCCAACCACCUCCUCCUCAGCCUCAGCCUCAGCCACCCAUGAAUUCUUGGGCUCCAGCACCUGCCCAGUCACAACCCCAAUGGGUUCAACCUCAAGAACAGCAACAGCCCCAGGCACCUUGGGCUCAACCUCAAGAACAAGCACAGCAACAGCCCCAGCCACCUUGGGCUCAACAACCUCAGCCUCAGUCUCCACAACAGGCUUGGCCCCAGGCCCAAACCCAGGCCCAACCUCAGCCACCUUGGAUGUCAUCACCUCAGCCUCCAAUGAAUGCAUGGACAACACCACAGAGCCAGGCCCAGCCACAACAGCCACCUUGGGCCCAACCAGCCCAACCCCAACAUCCAGCUCAGCCCCAACCCCCUAUGAAUGCAUGGGCCCCAGCACCUGCUCAGGCUCAGGUCCAGCCUCCCUGGGCCCAGCAACCUCAAGAGCAAGCACAGCCACCCAUGAAUGCCUGGGCCCCAGAUCAGAAUCAGGCCCGGCCACAGCCACCUUGGGUCCAACCACCUUCAACCCAAUCCCCACCCCAGCAAAACUGGCAACAGCCACAUCCACAGCAGGCAUCCCUACAGCCAUCUAUGAAUGCAUGGCCCCCAGCUCAGGCACAGCCUCAGACACACACAAGUACCUGGGCCCCACAACCACAGCAAGCCCCAGUGAAUACUCAGACCCGAAUGGACAGAGUGUGUCAACCUUCUCCAAAACCUUGGAAUGCUCCACAAAGUGCUCCCCGUUCUACUCCCCCACCUCCCCCACAGCGAAAUAACUCUUACACACUUGGCGAAAGGUCCUCGUCACCCAUCAUCAAUCCAAUGGCCAGCGUUUUGUCACCAGCAGGAGGAAUGGGCUCGGCUUUGUCGAUGCCGGCUGUUAGGGGGAAAGGAGCCGAUUUGUUUGCCAAGAGGCAGUCUCGUAUGGAGAAGUAUGUUGUGGAUUCGGACACUGUGCUGGCAGCCACUGCACAGGCAGCUCAGCAAGCCCAGGCAGCCACUGUGCAGGCAAACAAGGCAAGGCCCACGUCGCCCUCUCCCUCCGUACCACAUUCAUGGAAAUAUUCACCCAAUUGCAGAGCUCCCCCUACAUCGAAUUACAACCCCAUACAGUCUCCUUCCUACCCACCAGGGGCCAUUAAGCAACCCCCUCCAUCUAGCCCUGCAGCCAAAGCCAAGAAAGGGAAAGGCAAACCUGCCUGCAAACCCCUUGCUGUUAUAGAUGUCAUGAAACAUCAGCCUUAUCAGCUCAAUGCCUCCCUCUUUACUUACGGCCCAGCAGUGGAGGCUGCCAAGGCAGCUGCACCAAAGCCUGCCCCAGCUCCUGCCCCAGUCCCUCCAAACCAAAACCCACCAAUAAAAUAUGAGCAAGCUGUUCCUGUCCAGCCGGCUGGACCAAGGAAUGCUCCCUAUCCACAGCAGCACCAGCAGCUCUACGGGAUUCCCCCUCAACCACCCAUGCAUGAUAGUCCCUACCCCCAAGCCUCACCUAAUGCUUACCAGCCAUCUAACAAUCCCUACCAGCAGGUUCCUGCCGGUUCUUACCAACAUCCAUAUAAUCCCCCUUACCAACAACCCCCUCCAGCCCCUUAUCAACCCCAUCCCCAGCACCAAGCUCCAAACCCUUCUUACCAACAGACCCCCCAAGGUCCUUAUCAGCCAGCCCAUAGCCCCCCCUACCAAGUGGCACCCCAAGCCCCCUACCAGCCACUACCUCCCAGUACCUAUGUGGUGCCCAGCUUUCCCAUAGCGGCAAAGUCUGAGUCCAUCUCUGGGGGCAGCACAGCUCCAAAGCCCAGGUUCAUGGCCAAAAAGAGUUCAGCCCAGGUGUGGAAGCCAGCAGCUGCGGAGAAAGAAUGAUUCUGAAAGCAUGAUUAAGUGAUCUUUGCUUAAAACAACAUUAGAUCUAGUUACAACAUAUACAUGCACAGUACAUUCAUAUAAAUGCAAUAUAUUAAUAGAAAGCUUUUAAGAUGCCUUUUCUCAACAUUUUAUAGCCAACAUAUCUUUUUAAAUAAAUGGCACAAUGAAAAACGCUAGAAUUUAAAAAAGGCCCGAUGCAGCCGUUUUGAUCUCAAUAUCAAAUCAUUUCUGGGUAACAAUUAAGUACCUUACUGUGAUUGUUUUAAAUCAAAAUGGUCAAAA